AUGAGGCGGCGUUAUGAGGAUGAUGGCAUCUCCGAUGAUGAAAUUGAAGGGAAGAGGACAUUUGACCUUGAGGAAAAGCUGUCCACUAACAAGUUUAACUCCACCUUCGUGGUCUUCAUGGAAGGCAAAGACUUCACAGUUGAAUACAUCCAGCGGGGCGGCCUGAGAGACCCUCUCAUCUUCAGGAGCUCUGAUGGCCUGGGGAUAAAGAUGCCAGAUCCGGACUUCAGCGUGAAUGAUGUGCGGCUGUGUGUCGGGAGCCGACGGAUGGUGGAUGUCAUGGAUGUGAACACGCAGAGGGAUAUCGAGAUGUCCAUGGCACAGUGGGCACGCUACUAUGAAACACCGGAGGCUGAGCGGGAGAAACUUUACAAUGUCAUCAGCCUGGAGUUCAGUCACACCAAACUGGAGAACCUGGUGCAGAGACCCGCUACGGUGGAUUUGAUUGACUGGGUUGAUAACAUGUGGCCCAGACACCUGAAGGAGAGUCAGACAGAAUCUACGAAUGCUAUCCUGGAGAUGCAGUAUCCAAAGGUGCAGAAGUACUGUCUGAUGAGUGUCAAGGGCUGCUACACAGAUUUCCACGUGGACUUUGGUGGUACUUCUGUGUGGUACCACAUCCACCGAGGGGGAAAGAUCUUCUGGCUGAUCCCUCCUACUCCCCAGAACCUGGAGCUCUAUGAAAACUGGCUUCUCUCAGGGAAGCAGGGAGACAUUUUUCUUGGAGACAGAGUGUCAGAGUGCCAACGCAUCGAGCUCAAGCAGGGCUACACAUUUGUCAUCCCCUCAGGUUGGAUCCAUGCUGUGUACACUCCCAUGGACACGCUGGUUUUUGGAGGCAACUUCUUACACAGUUUCAACAUCCCUAUGCAGCUCCGGAUCUACAGCAUCGAAGACCGCACCCGGGUCCCAAAUAAGUUUCGUUAUCCCUUCUAUUACGAGAUGUGUUGGUACGUGCUGGAGCGCUACGUCUACUGCAUCACCAGCCGUUCACAUCUGACCAAGGACUUCCAGAAGGAAUCGCUCAGCAUGGAUAUGGAGCUGAGCUCCUCAGACUCAGUAAACAUGGAAGAGGAGGAGGAGGAGGAAGAAGAGGAGGAUGCAGCAGGGAAGGAACCCAGGCGACCAGUCACAAGACGGUCCAUUCUCACCAGCCCCAUAGCCAACGGUGCCAAUGUGGACUAUGAUGAACUGGGCAAGAGCUGCCGGAGCAGCCUGCCGGGUCUGAAGAAGACCCCAUCUAUAGACUCUUCCGACUCCAGCCGGGGCUCCCAAAACGGCCAGGCCUGGGACCCCAACGGUGGCAGCCCACGCAAGAGCAGGAAGGUGCACCUGACGCAGUUUGAGCUGGAGGGGCUGCGCUGCCUCGUAGACAAACUGGAGUCGCUCCCUCUGCACAAGAAGUGUGUUCCUACCGGCAUUGAGGAUGAGGACGCCCUCAUCGCUGACGUCAAG